AUGCGGGGCACGAGCUGCGUGGGCGGCGGUGGCGAGAGCCCGGGUGGCGCCGGGCUGAGCGAGGGCCCGCGGGGCCGCUGGCUGCGCCUGGCCCCGGUCUGCGCCUACUUCCUCUGCGUCUCGCUGGCCGCCGUGCUGCUCGCCGUCUACUACGGUCUCAUCUGGGUUCCCACGAGGCCCCCGGCCGGCCCGGCCGGCCCUCCGCCCAGCGCGCCGGCCCCUCCGUGCGCCGCCCGCGCUGGCCCGCCGCCUGCCCCGGCGUCCGCCGCUGCCUCGGUCUCCUGCCUCCCGGGAGCCCCCGGUGAGCCGCGACCCCAGCUCGAGCUGCCGCGCAGCCGCCGCCACAGUGACCCGGGCCGCCAGCCGCCGGGAGAGACGCCCGAGGCCGCGGGAGGCCGAGGACCGGGGUAACCCUCCGUUUCACCCCAGCCUGGACCACCGGCCCUCCAGGGCCCGGCACCCCCACCGCGGAUGCGCCCUCCCCCGUUGGGGCCGGGCUGCCUCUUCAUGACGUCGCCCAGCGUCUCCAAACCAUCACCAUGAAGAAUGGGGGGCGAAGAGAGGCUGACUCGGGGCCUCGCCCCUCGAAGCUUCUCCACUGUCAGGCGGGUCCUCCACCAUCUGGCGACCCCAUCCUGACUGCUGCCUCGUGAUCUUUCCUCCGUAGAAUGUUGAGCCCACAGGCCGCCACCCUCCUAGAAUCUCCAUGUCCGACUGUCCAUCUACAAUAAACUCCAACCCCAACUGCCUUGUGCUGUUGUUUUUCGUGUUGUCUGCAGAGGUGCCUCCCUCCUAAGUUUGUGAGUGGAAGUCCUUCCUGGCGUCUGAUCUUUGUCUCUCCUGCCCUGGGUAGUCUGUGUGGGCUUCUCCCCUUCCCCGGGGCGAGGGCGUGUGUGUUUCUUCCAUCGCUUUCAUGUGGCUUUGGGGUUGGGGUGGGAAAAGAACCUUCUCUGCGACAGGGUAGUUGAAGGUCAGUGAGAAGGACCGCACAAUUCUUAGCAUUCUUGGGCAGAGUUCUUCUGGAGAGAAGCAGAGGGUCUGCCCUUCUGCUGCAGCACAGGAAACAGGAGGGGGUGGAUGAUUUCCAGCAAGAACUGGGGUCCUAGGAGUUGCUCUUAGUAGACUUAAAUGUUGGGGGUAGGCCAUUAGCCUGAGCUGCCAGGAUGCAGCUGUGAGAGAGGAGGGUGCACAGGGUGGCAGUGGGUCUUCUCUCUCCUUGGAAAACAAGCUGUCAAAGCACUUUGUCUUCUUUCAAGACUAAUGCAACCUCUCUGGUCUGCAGUGCUGGGGGAAAGGAAGAUGGAGAACCUCAGGUCUAGGUACCGAAAAAGUCACAUGUAGCCUGCUGUCCUGAGGCCUCCAGACUCAUCAGGAUUCUUGGUUGCCAGUGAGGGAAGCCCAGCCCAACUAUAUCAGCAGGAAGGGACUGUGUGUCCCUGUGGGAGGAGGUCUGGCUUAGGAACGACUUAAAGAUGUCUCCAGUGGCUGUGGAUGGGAAGGCUUCCAGAUGAAGAGCAUGAGCGUGGGGGAUCCCUGGACCUUCCUCUUCAUUGAGUCCCCACCACCAGCCAGCCUGGAGAGCCCAGUUCCUUCAGCAGGGCCUCCCAGUCAGUUCAGGGCUUCCUAGCUCCUCACUGCACCAAAGAGCAUAAGGCUUCCGGUGACACGCAUGACAUUCACAUCUGUUUUCAGCAAACUCAGAGGGUCCCAGAGCAGGAGCACAGCUUCAGAGCCUGGCUCCGCUUUCGGAGCUCCCUCUGCAGCAGGCAGCACACCUGUCCUCAGGCUCGGGACCUGCCAUUCCUCACCCAGGAUGCUCUUCAAAGAGGCUUCAUCACAGCCCACCUCCUUAGAGUCUCUGCCAAGCUGCCCCUUCUCAGUGAAUAAGCGCACUCAACAUGUGGUUCAUCCCUACGCCGACUAGCUUUUCUCCUAAACAACAGCCACAUGUGUUGAUUCCUGUGUUUACCAUCCGUUCUCCCUUCCCUAGAAUGAAAACUACACAGGGUGGGUUUUCCUUGAAGCAGGAAGACCCAGGACCCUCCUUGCUCGACUGCCUGUAGCCCACGGGGCCCAGUGGGCGUUUUGGUCAGUGUGGCAGGUGGCCUUUUUCACUGGGGUCUGCUGGGUUGUCGGAAAAGUCUUGGCGCAUUUUUGAACAGGUGUCACUUGCACUAGUUCAUUUUUGGAAGUACUAGAGUCAUUCUCGUCCAUGUUAUUGCUAGUCAUUUGACUGUUGACAGUUCUAGCUUCAUUCUAAAAUAAAAAAAAAAAUCGAGCAAUUUGGUUGUUUUGGAGAUU